AACCACCGGCCGCCGAGAGAAAUGGCGUUGUCCAGGGCGACCACGAACCCCGGCGAGUCCCUCAUCUCCUCCACCUUCGCGUCGCGCUACGUGCGCACCGCGCUACCCAGGUUCAAGAUACCGGAUCAGUCGAUCCCCAAGGAUGCGGCGUACCAGAUCAUCAACGACGAGCUGAUGCUGGACGGGAACCCGCGGCUGAACCUGGCCUCCUUCGUCACCACCUGGAUGGAGCCCGAGUGCGACAAGCUCAUCCAGGCCUCCGUCAACAAGAACUACGUCGACAUGGACGAGUACCCCGUCACCACCGAGCUCCAGAACCGCUGCGUCAACAUGAUCGCGCAUCUCUUCAACGCGCCCAUCGGCGACGACGAGACGGCCGUCGGGGUCGGCACCGUAGGCUCCUCCGAGGCCAUCAUGCUGGCCGGCCUGGCCUUCAAGCGCAAGUGGCAGAACAAGAUGAAGGCCGAGGGCAAGCCCCACGACAAGCCCAACAUCGUCACCGGCGCAAAUGUUCAGGUGUGCUGGGAGAAAUUCGCGCGUUACUUCGAGGUGGAGCUGAAGGAGGUGAAGCUCAGGGACGGGUACUACGUCAUGGACCCGGAGAAGGCCGUGGAGCUGGUCGACGAGAACACCAUCUGCGUAGCCGCCAUCCUCGGCUCCACGCUCAACGGCGAGUUCGAGGACGUCAAGACGCUCAACGACCUCCUCGUCGCCAAGAACGCAGAGACAGGGUGGGACACGCCCAUCCACGUCGACGCGGCCAGUGGCGGGUUCAUCGCGCCCUUCAUCUACCCGGAGCUGGAGUGGGACUUCCGGCUGCCGCUCGUCAAGAGCAUCAACGUCAGCGGCCACAAGUAUGGCCUCGUCUACGCCGGCGUCGGCUGGGUGAUAUGGAGGAACAAGGAGGACCUCCCCGACGAGCUCAUCUUUCACAUCAACUACCUCGGCGCGGACCAGCCAACAUUUACGCUCAACUUCUCCAAAGGUGCCAGCCAGAUCAUUGCGCAGUAUUAUCAACUCAUCCGUCUUGGUUUCGAGGGCUACAAGGGCAUCAUGCAGAACUGCCGCGACAACGCCACGGUGCUCAGGGAGGGCGUCGCAAACAUGGGCUACUUCGACCUGGUGUCCAAGGACUCGGGCGUGCCGCUCGUAGCCUUCUCCCUCAAGGACUCCUCCCGGUAUACCGUGUUCGAGGUGGUUGAGAGCCUCCGCCGCUUCGGCUGGAUCGUGCCGGCGUACACCAUGCCCGCCGACGCCGAGCACAUCGCCGUCAUGCGCGUCGUCAUCCGCGAGGAUUUCAGCCGCAGCCUCGCCGAGCGCCUCAUCGCCGACCUCAACAAGGUGAUGGGAGAGAUGGACGCUCACGCCGCCAAGAGAGGGCACGUCGCCGCCGAGCCGGUCAAGAAGACGGUGCAUGAGAUCGAAAAGGAGGUGGCCACUUACUGGCGGAGGCUCGUCGCCAAGAAGAAGAGCGGCCUCGUCUGCUGA